AUGCAAGGCACAACCUUCGUACAACCGUUGUCGGUUGCACGUGGCAUACCGGUAUCUGAUUCCACGUGCCAAUGGGCUAUCUGCAGCUUCCUAACGGGUCUGGACGCCAUCUCGCUGUCCCACACGAGCUCCUUCUGGCUUCAACACCUCAGCGUUUCUUCCUACUGGCAAUCAAAGCUCCCUACUCUCGCUGACCCGCUGCACACCGCCGCGUACAAGGCCUUAUUCCUUCGCAGUCGAUCGCUGGGCUUCAAAGUCUGGUUCGCCCUGCUACCGGAGCAGCCUGACGGAGCGUACACGGGCGGUAUCCUCUACGGCCUCCAGUCGGUGCACGCCGAGAGCCGCGUGUGGCCAAAAUUCCACCAGCAGUUCGUAGUAAUAAGCGCCUUAGGCGACUUAUUCUGCUCUGUACUCGACUAUCGCCCCGUGGUCAAGAGCAACCUCCAACUUCGAUCUGACACAGGAACGUUGCACCGAGAGAUGGACUUCCUUAAGUACGAACAAGUUGGAACGGGGUGCAUUACAGCCAAUGAACUUCACUUCCCCAAGCCAGGACACUUGGGAUGGUAUGGCUUUCAUGGGGUUAUAGACGACUUUCGAGUGUGGCGUGGGCUGCUGUCGGCAGAAGAUGUAGCCACUUUAUCUAGUGGCGUGGAGAAACACUUAAUAAGUUCGUUGAAAGUGGGUACAGGUUCGUCACGAGGGCUCAGGUGGAAUGUCUGCGCUACCGGAACAAUUACCAGCAGAUGCAGUCGAGUUGCUGUGCAGCUAACUUGA